AUGCCACAGGCUCUGUUUCUGCCAGCAGCACUGCUUCUCUUCUCCCUCCCUCCCUUCAGCCUCUCCACAUCCGUUCAAAUGUCGCCAUUGGCCCGCAGAGGCAUGCAGGUGCUUUUCGCCGCAGCACUCGCAGCCACUGCUUUUGGUGCUCCCACCACCCUCCAGUCCAUCCCAGUGACCCUCCACUGGUCCUCCCUUCUCUCUCUGCUCGCUGUGCUGCCCUCCGCUCUCCUCUUUCGUUCCCACACACACCUCUGGCGAUCCGUGCUGCUGCAGUUCAGCCCAGCAUCACUGUCUGAGGCGUGUGUGGUGACGUCAGCACAUGGGGCCAUGGUGGGGGCGUGGAUAGGGGCAUGGCCCAUGCCCCUGGACUGGGAAAAGCCAUGGCAG